AUGAUCAAGCGCGCGAUCCUUGCGUGGGAACGUAUCACGCCUGAUCAGAACUUUCCACACUUGAACGCCGGGAUGUCGACCCUGCCCCCGGAGAAGAAGCGACCGGCCGACGGCUCUCCGAACGUAUCCCCGGACGCCGACCAACUCGCGUUGCGCUCGCCACCGAAGAAACCAACUGCAAAGUCGGAAGGUGUCAAGCUCGCACGCGAAGUGAUCGACUUGACGGGUUACGAUUUGGAAGACGAGACGUCCGGGACUGGGGUGGUGCGAAACCUAGCGGAAUCUUUCGAAAUCAGGGAAUUAGGCCCCCUAGUCCAAGGGGCUCCCUACGAUCGGAAGAUUGAAGAAAUCCGAGACCAGCGUCCAUGGGAGGAGGAUGUGAAACCCCUCCCGGUCGAAGGCGCCAUCGUGUUGAGGACGGCCGGAGAGGUGUCGCAGAAGUUUGCGACCAUCGUUCAUGACGUGGAGCUCCAGCAGAAAGCGGAGGCUCUGCGGUUUUUACAGCGGUACAACGAGGAUCAGUUGCGACUCCUGGAUGCCCAAGAGUCCCGUAUGGUGGCGGUAGCCGACGCCCUCCUGACCGCGGUGACCGUGAACGAAUCUCGUCGACAGGACGAGUUCCUUGCCGCCCGGGAGUCGCUCCAAAACAGAUACCUACUCGAACUGGAGUCGUACCGAUGCGCCAUGCAACGGGACGCUGAGAUAGAAGUCCGGGACGAAGUCCAAUCCCGGAUGGACGAGUGUCAAGGGAGAUGGGACAAAUGGUUCCGGGAGUACCAAGAAUCUCAAGAAGGGACCGUGAAAUUGCGGCGAUACAACGGGACUGUAGUGUUGGCAGUCCAGGACGACGCCUACCGGUCGGCGUGUAUUCGCCAAGAACGGGUCGAGGUUCUAGAACGCCAGCACCGGGACGAUGUGCAAGCGCUCCAAGCUCAAACGUCGCAGGAGCAGCAGUCUCUCCUGACGGAGUAUAGCAAGAGAGAAGUGCUUCGCGCGGCGGAAAACACAGAGCUGGUGAAGAAGAAGGACCUCGAGCUGAAGGCGUUGCGUCAGGAAGUGAUGCGCCACGAGAGUCAACUGGAGAAGGCGAAGUCUACGACCCUGGAGUGGCGAAAACUGGCCGAAGAGAGAGACCGGGUCUGCCCCAACUGCGUCUGGUUGGAACAGGACGUUCUGAACCUCACGGCCCAAUUGGAACGGUCCACGGCUGCCCGCGCCGAGGCGGAGUCUAGCCGACAACGGGAGGUCGAGUCCCUGAAGAUCGAAUGCCAUGGCUUGACGAAGGCCCUCGCCGAAAGCCAGGACGUGGUGAGAGAGCUGGAAAUGGAACUUGACUCAUUGUCCGAAGCGGCCCCGUCCGGGAAUGACCUGGCAGAGAUCCAAGAUGCUAAAGCCCAGUUAUCUUCAGCGCAAGUCGCGUUGGAAGUGGAGCGAGUGGCUUUGGCCAAGUCUGUCCGAACGCUCCGGCUCGACAAAGGAGUAUUGGAGGCGUCCAAGAAGCUCUUCCGGGAACAGGAAGCCAAGGGCGAAACCGACCGACGAAGCCAAGAACAGGCCCUGGUGGAACUACGGAGUGAACUGGAGAAGACGCAAGCUCGCCAAAGAGCCGAAAGACGGGAGUUGGAAGAACUCCGGGCUCGCACCAACCGAACCAGUCCUCUUAUGACUUACCCUUCUCUGGAUCCCAAGUUGGCCCAGUACGGGAUAACCUUGGCCACUCCUCCGGUCUCCUUUGCGACUCCAGUCGGUACGCCGAUCUAUGACACCAACCCCGCAUUUUCGUCCGUCGGCAUGAGCAAGUGCUCGCAUCCCGUGAUUAGUGUUCCGAAGGAUGACGGCCCGACUCCCGCGCCUGGUCAUAAGAGAUUGAACCGAGACCUUCACGACACCGUAGUCUAUGGAGCCGAAAUCCCUGCACCUCCGGUCCCGUUUUCACCUCCUCUGCGGUCGAAUCCUGCCGAAGACGUCUGGGAGGCGCGAUGGCCGGUGGCUACGGUGGGGGGUAUGGGGGAGACCCUUCUCCCGAUCGCGGUGGAAACGGAGGUCCUGGAGGAAGAGACCUUCCCGGAGGGCCCGUCCAACGACCCUCCCCGAGGAGGAGGCUAUGGAAACGAACCCCCGCCGUACUUCCCUGCUACGCCUCAUGGGGUUGGCGCUGACCGAAACCUCAACCGCCUGGCCUUCGCCGACGCCAGGAAGUACGCGCCUAAGCUGGAUUGCGUUGAUCGGGACGAGUACGACAUCACGGACGCUCAAGUGGUUCGGAUCUUUGACGACCGCCUGACGUCGUGCGGCGUGCGCUUGGUGCAGGAUUGUGAAGCGUUCCGACAUGAAUUCAUCGCGAAGACACUAAAUCGGAAGGUGGCAGACAUCACCGACUACUCCAAGCGCCGCCCGUCCGAAACGUACUACGCAGAUCAGUACCUUGACCUCACUGAGGAAAUCAUCGACUACGUCAGCAGUCAAGGGGUGACGCUGGCAGUCGCCGCGUGUGAAGCGUGCAGACUCAACCCUGGUACGAACCGGUGGGAACUCCUAGUUCGAUGGAAAGGCCAUGAAGCCAUUGAAUUCAGUUGGGAGCCACUCCAAGUGAUGUACAGAGAAGUACCUCUCCUUGUGAGGCAAUUCAUCGAAGACCUUGAAGAUGCCGGUCAGCGUAAAAAACUGACCGAGGCGGUCGCAUUGCUGUAGUUACCUGAUGCCGAGGUGUUGCGCCACAUGGCCCGCCGGAGCUAGGGGCAAAAUACUCAGGAUGCGACUGCUGGGCCUGGGCAUGGUGGGGGGAGUGUUGCGUGCGACUGAUCAGGAUGGGUCUGCCCAGGGCCCAGAGUACGCAACAUU